CGCUGUCGAUGCUUUAUUAGCUUAGGAAGUGGCCAUAAGUAUACCUACGUAAAGCUGAAUUUAACCUACGGACAGCCAUGUUUCUGACCAAGGCGGUUUAGGGGAAAGGUGCGUGGGUCAGCUGACUGCGAUGUGAUGCUAGCAGGUUAGCCAUUGAACACGAAGCGGCUACGGACAUUAUAGUCUUUCACCUCCAACACCGCCGACUGUAUGUUACUAUUAAGGUAGCUUAUGCGCUAGCUAUAGUGUUGUUAGGACGUCAAGACAGCUGUGGCAAUGCUAGUUAGCCGGAGGAGUUGGGACUACUUAACUAACCAUAGGUAGUAAUUCUAAUGAGCAGGGAAACGGCAUUCCAAUCAUACUAAACGUCAAUACACGUCACUUCUAGCCCAUGUUCAUCUUAAUGGUUGUUAAUGGCGAGGAUCGAGCAAAGCAAUGGACUGGCCGGCAGAAGUUUCCCACCGGGCAGCGAGAAGGACCGGACAGCAGAGUCUGGACCAGCAGAGUCUGGACCUGACUCUGCUGACCCCCAGGAGCUACAGACCGACAAGUAUGGCUUCAUGGGGGGUGCACAGCAAUAUUCUGGACAAUCGACGGAGGACGUUCCUGCCGAGGUUCUGAGGCAGCGAGAAGCCAAGUGGCUGGACAUGCUCAACCACUGGGACAAAUGGAUGGCCAAGAAACACAAGAAGGUGAAGUUGCGGUGCCAGAAGGGAGUCCCGCCCUCCCUGAGAGGCCGGGCGUGGCUCUACCUGUGUGGAGGGAAGGUGAAGAGAGAGCAGAACAGGGGAAAGUUCCAGGACCUGGACAGCCAACCGGGCGACCCCAAAUGGGUGGAUGUGAUCGAGAGGGACCUGCAUCGACAGUUCCCCUUCCAUGAGAUGUUUGUGGCCAGAGGAGGUCACGGGCAGCAGGACCUGUUCCGGGUACUGAAGGCCUACACCCUGCACCGGCCGGAGGAGGGGUACUGCCAGGCGCAGGCCCCGAUCGCCGCCGUCCUCCUCAUGCACAUGCCCGCUGAGGAUGCCUUCUGGGGCCUGGUGCAGAUCUGUGAAAAGUACCUGCCAGGGUACUACAGCAAAGGACUGGAGGCCAUCCAGCUGGACGGGGAGAUCCUGUUCUCCCUGCUGAAGAAGGUGUCCCCCGUGGCGCACCGCCACCUGAAGAAGCACAAGAUGGAGCCCAUCCUCUACAUGACGGAGUGGUUCAUGUGCGCCUUCUCCCGGACGCUGCCCUGGGCCUCGGUGCUGCGCGUCUGGGACAUGUUCCUGUGUGAGGGGGUGAAGAUCAUCUUCCGCGUGGGCCUGGUCCUGCUCAAGUGCAUGCUGGGGUCCCCGGAGAAGCUGAAGAAGAGCCAGGGUCUGUACGAGACCAUGGAGCUGCUGAAGGCCCUGCCGCCGGCCUACAUGGAGGAGGGCUUCCUGGUCCGGGAGGUGGUGGAGUCCCCCGUGUCGGAGCGGGACAUCGAGCGGGAGCACGUGGCCCAGCGGCGCCGCUGGGAGGAGAGCCGGGGGGAGCUGCGCUGCCGCUCCCCCGGCCGGAUGCACGGCGCCCGGGCCAUCAUCACCGCCGAGCCCCCCCGGCGCCAGGACCUCCAGCAGAACCCCACCAUCCUGGUGGAGAGCCCCCCGGCCGCCGCCGCCCCCCCGUCCAACGGGGGCCCGGGGGAGGAUCCGGCCGGAGGGAAGGGGAAGAAGAAGAAGAAGAAGAGGAAGAACAAGGAGGAGGAGAAGGCAGCGCCGUCCGUCCCUCCGUCCGCCCCCAGCGACCCCCCUCGCUCCCUGAAGGACGGCUCCCGGCAGGCCUCCGAGGAGAGCCUGAGCAGCCAAGAGCACGACUCCUACCUGUAGGCUCCACCGACGGGAAGGAUGCUAACUGAGGCUUCCACCAAUGGGAGCGAUGCUACCUCGUAGCGUCUUGCUGUCUGAUGGGGCUUCCACCAAUGAGAGGGAUGAUUGCUCAUUGCCUCUUGCUCUCCGAUGAGGCUUCCGCCAAUGGGAGCGACGCUAUCAUGUAGUGUCUUGCUGUAUGCGGAGGCUUCCGCCAAUGGGAGCGAUGCUAGCACGUGUCGACUUGCUGUAAGAUGGGGCUUCGACCAAUGGGAGCGAUGCUAUCAUGUAGUGUCUUGCUGUAUGAUGGGGCUUCCACCAAUGGGAGCGAUGCUAUCAUGUCGUGUCUUGCUAUAUGAUGAGGCUUCCACCAAUGAGAGCGAUGCUAUCAUGUAGUGUCUUGCUGAAUGAAGUGGUUUCCACCAACGGGAGCAAUGCUAACAUGUAGCAUCUUGUUUUUAGAUGCUCAGUUUUACCACCAAAGCUUUGGCUGCUUCAUUUUUGUUCUGUUAUUCAUAUAGAUUUAGAUUUUGGGUUAAAAGUGUACAUGAUGGUUAUUUUGUUGAUGAAAUCUUAGAUGCACACUAUUGAAGAACACUAACUAAAUAAAACAGCUGUGGGAGGAAGGAAAUACUUGAUCAAACUUUGAAGGAAAGUCUAAAUUAUUCAGACAAAAUGAGAAUAUUAUUGUUUUAACCUGCUGUACAACCAUGUCAAGUGCCAUCCACAGAAUAUUGCCACAUUCUUCCAAAUUUUUGGAGAUAUCUUGAAUUGUAAUAAGACUGAAAGGCCCAUGAAGGAUGUUAACCUGACUAACAUUUAGUGUCAUUUUAGUAAAGUCUUCAAAUAAUCACUUUAUACGAUCAUGUUUAUAUUAUAGCAAUACAAAAUGAUUUAUCAUUGUGUUUAUAAUAAUAAUAAUGAUGUAUUUGUUUGAAUCAUCACUUUAUAAUGAUUAGAUUAUAAUAUAGUAAUAAAUAAUGAUUUUAUUAUGUAUUAUAAUUAUAAUGUAUAUUUGCACUAAAUAAUGUUGCUGUGCAACAAAUUGUCCUGAAAUUGGCUUUAAACAAUAUAUACGUGCGUAGAUUUCAAAAAUGUUGGGAGCACAAUUAUUCAAACUUUUAAUGUGAUGGAUCAUUUUUAAUGUUUUAUUAUUUAAACACACUGUGAAGAUCACAGACCACCUGUUCACAUUUUUUAUCCAUUGAGAAGGAUUUAGUUAUUAUUUCUCUGCCAAUCAUUUAUAUGGACGGAAAGAGGUUGAUUUUUUUUUCACAUGUAUUAUGCCAUAUGUUGGAUUGUGCAUCUUAUAGAAUUUGCUGAAUUCAGGUAAACUUUUGUUGGAUAAGAUGGCUAAUGGGAAUUACCGAUCAUGAGCGCCAGUUCUUUUGGUUUGUUGCGUUACACUGUUUAUUAUUUCCUCAUAGAAGUAGCAGAAGCAGCCCACCAGGUCGACCCAUAGAGGGCUCCCUUGUGCUUCUUAAGAUAUUUAAAAACGUAAACCGCUUGUUCUAUUUGAUUCGAAACCAAUGACUCUUUAUACGCAACACAGCUCCACAGCUGUUCUGAUGGAGGACUCUAACUGACAACCUUUUGGUCAUUUAGAAAGAAAAACUGAGCCAUCACUUUGAGAUUAUUUAUAUCUGCACAUUUUUUGUAUGUGUAAUUAUCUCCUACAUUGAACAUCCAAAUAGCCAAUGCCUUUAUGCUAUUGAAACUACAGACUUUCUUUUGUACCAAAAUCUAAAAAUUUUCAAGAAAUAAAUUUGUCCAAAUCCAGAAAAAGCAA